AUAUCCAAAGGUUUCAAACACCCAGAAAAAAAUCCUUAAAAAAUGUUUUUUCUUUCCCAUUAAUCAAAACUCAUUUUAGGAAAAACAGAAGAAAAAAAAAGUGAGGCAGAGGGAGAGAGAGAGACUCUGUGGGGGUGUGUGCGCGCCCCUUCCCUUCUGUCAGUUUCUGCUUAAGCUUCUGAAAUCUGGGGUCUCUUCAAUUUUUUUUUUUACUUGUGAGCAAAAUUAUCCUAACACUUGUUGCUCAAACAACAUUUUCUUGAAGUUUAAUUUACUGGGGUUUAUGUUUUUGUUUUUUUUAUCACUUGCAUGUGUUGAUACUACUUGGACAGACACAAUUAGCCCCAUUUCCAGGGUGAUCUGCCUUUCUCCUGUUUUCACAGAAGAAUUGUUUUUGUAUACAUGCUCAGAGAAAGCUAAAAAGCUGCUGUCUUUGCAAUCUUUUUUCUAAUGGCAAUAUAGAGCAAGAGGCCGGUGGGCCUUGAGUGAACCUUAAUUUCAAUAGUGAAAGGAAAAUGACCUCAAAACCAAAGAAAGGAUGGAAAUCAAUUUCGUCUCUCAAUUUGAAGACCAAAUCAGCAUCACAUUUUUGUUUGCUCCCCAAAUCAAAGUCAGAUCGAUAUGGUCCUGGUGACACACCCGUUUAUCUCAAUGUGUAUGACUUGACUCCUAUGAACGGUUAUGUAUAUUGGGCUGGCCUUGGUAUUUUUCACUCUGGCGUGGAAGUUCAUGGUGUAGAAUAUGCAUUUGGAGCUCAUGACCAUCCAAGCAGUGGCGUCUUUGAAGUUGAACCACGACAAUGCCCAGGGUUCAAGUUUAGGAAGUCAAUAUUCAUUGGGGUUACAAAGUUGGAUCCUUGUCAGGUUAGAGAGUUUAUGGAACGUCAAGCUGCUAGAUAUAAUGGUGACACAUAUCACUUGAUUAUGAAGAACUGCAACCAUUUUUGCAACGAUAUAUGCCACAAGCUCACUGGAAAAAAGAUUCCAAAGUGGGUAAACCGACUUGCAAAAUUAGGUUCAUCAUUCAACUUCAUGCUACCCGAGGCUCUGAAAGUUGCUGCGGUGGAACAUGACCCUAAUGGCCCAGAAUAUGUUACUGAGAGAAGGCGGCUAAGAAGUGCUUUUAGCUGUCUUUCUUCAAUCUCAACAAGACAAAGGCAGUUAUCGACAUCUUCGUUAUUUCUACAAUCACCCUUGAAAGGCUGCUUACCAUCUUGGGAGUUAAGAAAGUCUAGCAACUCUCUGAAGGAAAGGUAAAAGAUAAUAGACAUUUUUCAGUUCCCCAUUUUCUUGGAAUCUGUUGAACAGAAAUGUUACGAAGGUCAAUGCUUAGGAAGGGGUAGUAUUUGUAACAUGACAUAGUUUCAGUGUAUGUAAUAUGUUUUGUUUUUCCUUAUUUUGAUUGCUUCAUUUUGGGCAAGUUUGUCAACAGUUAGAAGUUGAAGAAGUGAGUUGUUGUAUCAAGAUGCUUGUGGGACUAGUUUUUGAUAGUGUCUUAGUUAUAGAAGGAUGAACAACUAAAGUUACAAAUCAAAGAAUGUGGAUUCAAAAGGCAUAUGUAUAUAAUGCUUCUGCCAAUCACCAGGCAAAUGUUUAUGCAUCACAA